AUGGUAACGGGGAAGACUAGAGAGUGGUUCUCGAGGAAGCUGGGGAGGUCGAGCCACCAUGACCCCCUCGCACCCGACCCCGGCCCCCAACAAGAAAAUAAUUCCCAACGAGACUCUUCAAAUGAACCGGAGGCCCGAUCGGGGACUACGAGCAGCAGACACUGCAAAUUGGUUUUCAACCAGACACCAAUAUCACAAGUCACUGAUCCCGCACCAACCGCCCAGGAUGACGUAGAUGGCAACGUCGAGCGUGGCGAUGCAGAAGCACGCAGUGAUCCGUGGAGCGUAUCUUAUAGAGACGCCAUCUCAUCAUUAACUGAAGAGGAGAGGAAAAUCGUUCAAAAAUAUACAAAUCUCAAGGAGCUCUUCGACAAUGUGGAGGAAAUAUCCUAUAAGCAUGGCGAUUCAUUGUUUCAAAGGGGUUUAGAGAAAUUGCAAAAGCCCCUACAGGUGGUCAAGAAUGCUAUUGAUCUAGCAGAUCCUCUUUUGAGCCUUGAUCCCACUGCCAAAGCAGCCUCGGGGGCCGUGAAAAGCGUGGUCACUCUUGCCGUUUGUAUCUGUGGCGCUAGAUCUCAAUUUAGUCAGCAGAUUGUUGAGAUGUUGGAGAAUAUUCCGAUUAUUGACCAGUGCGAUACCUUGGGCCAAAGUCUCAACUCCAGUAGAGUUAUUCGUGAAGCCCUUGCCACGGUAUAUAAAGACAUGAUAAAAUUCUACAUCACUGCAAUCAGAAUAUUCGAAAGUAGAGCAGGCGUGUUAGUUGAACAGUACCAUCAAAAGAUGUCGCCAAUCAUCAACGACUUCAAUAGACACGCUCGGCAGCUUAAAUUCCAAAUCGACACAGUGGUAGCAACGCUUGUUAGAGAUAUCAAAACGAUGGUACUGGAUGAAAAAGUCGAAAAACUUCUUGAUUCUGGCAAAACCAAAGCUCGUAGCGAGUUCCAUAGUGAGAUGAGGAGAAUAAGGACUGAUGAAGCCUGCCGAUGGAUCGCUAGAACGUUUAGUACAUGGUAUGAUACGCCAACUCAGCAACAAAUGAUCAUUCUCGGAGAUAUGGGUUGCGGCAAAACCGUGACAAUAGCCUAUGUGAUUGAUGAAUUGCUUAGGCAGAGAGAUUUUCACAUACCGAAACCUCUUCUAUGUUUCCAUUAUUGCAAGGAUGGUGAGACAGGGAAGGCUACUUUCAUCUACUCAAGUCUCAUUCUCCAACUCCUUAGUCAACAAGAAGGCUUGAAGAUUGAAUUCAAGAAGUGGUAUGACGAAACCAAGAUUUUAGGUGGCAUAGACCUUACUUCAUCUUUUGAGAAGCUUGGGGGGUUAUUUUCAACAUCCAUCGAAGCUCUCGGAAGGCCUCUAUUUGUGGUUCUUGAUGGCCUCGACGAGUGCGAUUAUAAUUCCCGCAUUGAUCUUCUUACCUUCUUCAAUAAUCUCUUGGAGAGAGCGCCGCAUUUUAAAAUAUGUUUUUCUUCGCGGUUUCAAAAGGAAACCGAGGACCUGCUCAAAGUCGCAUUGAAGGCCCGCGUACCAACUAAAGUUGAACGCGAUGCUAUUAUCGUGCAGCAUACUGUAGAUACUAAGUUGAGGCGGCUUGAACCGGAUGCUCGGAAGUUGGUGGUCGAGGAGUUGAAUGAAUUGGCAAAAGGAAGCGCAAUCUGGGUUAGGUUAUCGGUCGAUCUUAUUCAGAGGCGCAAAAUCAGCGCUCCAGGCCCGCUAAGACGCUUCAUACGUAAUGAGAUCUCCCACACAGCACUACCGACAUUAUACGACAAACUCAUCACACAAGCAAGCCAAUCAGACCCAGACAACAAAAGAAUAAUCAUAAAUGCAUUGCAAAUACUUGCCGUUGCUAAAAGACCCCUAAGCCUUACCGAGCUGAGUUGGGCCGUGGCAAUAGCCGAUCUUCCAGAGGAAUCUCGAAAACUCCAAGACCUUCAUGAGGUACAAUUCGUGCAUCAAUCUCUCAAAGAGUUGGUUCUCCAAAUUCCCCCCUCGGAUUGGAGUCGUUCGCCGGAAAUUUCCAAGCCUUCGAAGGCAGAAGUUCGGAAGCGACGCGAUCAACUAGAAGCAAACCUUUUACGCCUAUGCGUUCGUUACCUCCUUCUGGAUGAAUUUGGUUCGGAAGAAUAUUAUAAUGCGUUUUGUAGCGAUUGCUACUGGGAAUACAGCCCAGAGAAGAGGCAAGAGAUCGAAUCGAAGUUUGGAGAGUUCUUCGAUUAUGCCUCCUGUUUAUUGCCCCAUCAUUUGAAACAAUCUGCAGCAGAGUGCGUUCCUAGUAUUCCGGACAUUGUAGAGUUAACCAAGGCGAAGUCAGACAGGGUAAAGAUUUGGCCGAACAAGUGGAUGCGCUCUCAAUACCGUAUAGUGUGGUUGUAUAAAUUUAUGCCACUGCUGGAUUCGCUUUCUCUCAUGGCUAUAUACGGCUCUACGGAAGUGUUACAGAACCUCCUGCAAACUUGCGACAUCAAAGGUCUAAAAUGCGAAGCUGAGUCGGCCGAAAUGGCCACGCGCACGUUACUAGAGCACGGGGAUUUACCUAGUACGAAGUUGUUAUUUAGGUAUUGCACGCCUGAAAAUGCGCCAUAUAUUUUGGGAACUUUUUGGUGGGUAUUAGGCCUUGUCGGGAUAACCAAAGAAAAGGAAGGGGCCGAAAAAGCUGUUGGCCUGUUCGAUCUUUCGAUGGGCCCAGCAAUUACCACGAUAGCUCAAGGGAAGCGAACGACUGAACUCGUACGCACCGCUAUUGCUUUUGACUGUCAAGAAUACGUCGAAAUAAUAUUUGAUGCAGUCGCCCAUUAUCCGUUCAUAAGACAAGACCUCCUAUGCGAUACACAAAGAUCUGGGAAGCUUCCUUCUUGAUACAAGCCGCCGAGUCACCGUAUACGGAUAUCCUACGCUGUAUGCUCAAACGAGAGGGCAUCGACAGGUACCUUCGGUACUCUGGCGACAAUGGGGAUAAUAUAUUCCACUAUGCAGUGCGGUAUGCUCGACCAGAGAAUAUUAAACUUUUGAUUACUCACUUCGAAGGCGGCGUAAACCAGUCCAAUGACAGUGGUGAGACACCUUUAUGCUGGCUUGUUGGCCCUCUAUGCACUUG